GGAACCAAUUAGAAGAUAUCUAAUGAUAAUUGGAAGUACAAACUUACCUACUAUUUGAGUAUUUACACUUUACGUUUAUUACUUAAUAAUGCUUGAACGAUUUUUCAUGCUUGUUAAUCACAAAUGUUUUACGUAAAGUUCGUGGUUUUGUGGUUAACGUGUUGUGGUUUGAAGUAUUCUACCGGAAAACACGAGAGAUCGAGAAGAUAUGUGAUUUACCCGCGAGGAGGGGCAUUCAAGAUCGUAAUCGGUAUCGGUACUCCGGUGAAAUUAGGUACCAAACAAUCGAUGGCGAUCGGUUGGAACCUUCAAAUGCAAUACAAUGUACCAACAAAUGUCUCCCAAAUAACGAAUUACCCGCCAGUGUACACGAAGAAAAAGCGAUCUGAUGAUCGGAGCGACGAAACCACUCCUGCUAGCGAUAGAGCGAUGUUCUAUAGAGCUUUGGAGGAAGUACUCGAAAAUCAAGGCAUGGACGGCAGGAUUUGCUUAUUGAGAACCAUAUGCGAAAACGCUUUGUAUCCAUUGAAUCACGAAGCCAACGGUUUGUACGGGAAAGUUUUUCAUAUCAUUCUAACUCCCGAUUACGGAGACGGAGAAAUCGACGAGGAUUUGGAUCCGGUGUAUUUAGAGGCUCAAAGUGCAGGCGAAAGCGGCGCUAAAUGCAGCUGCCUUUAUGCGGGAUGUAAGCUCGAGAACGGCUUAUUGGAUAUAUUUUCUAUACUAGAUUCGCCUUACGGAUAAUUAAAUAAUUCCGGCGAAUUAACUGGAAUAUUUAUUUCGCGGCGCAUUCCCACCUUUUAAAUCAAAUUCGC